GCCUGCUUAAUUUCCUGGGUUUUCAAUAAUCAAAUCGCGCAUUUCUGGCUAUAAAUACAGAUCGUUAUUCGAUGAUCCUAAGUUAAGCGGGGUAAUUCACCAGUAAUGAAAAUGAGUACUCCGCUAAAUCUAAGUCGUGUUUUCAAACUUUUAGUUGUGGUCUUGUUUUUUCAGAGUGUUCAUUCGCAGCUCCAAGUAGGGUUUUAUACAACUUCGUGCACCUUAGCAGAGACAAUCGUUAAGGACGAGGUUCAAAAAGCGUUCUUUCGGGAUCCAGGCGUCACGGCCGGUCUUGUGAGAAUGCACUUUCAUGACUGUUUUGUCAGGGGUUGUGAUGCAUCAGUACUCAUCGAUUCUACUUCCUCGAAUACGGCAGAAAAGGACUCGCCGGCAAACAACCCGAGUCUUCGAGGGUUCGAAGUCAUUGACAAAGCAAAGGCCAGACUUGAAGCUGCAUGCCGAGGUGUUAUAUCCUGCGCUGAUAUAGUUGCUUUUGCAGCAAGGGACAGCAUAGUUCUUACUAGAGGGCUUGGCUAUGACGUUCCUGCCGGAAGAAGAGACAGCAGAAGUUCCAAAGCUUCGGAUACCCGGAAACUACCUUUCCCGACAUUCAAUGUCGACAACCUCACUCAACUUUUCGCAAACAAGGGUUUCACACAAGAAGAAAUGGUUACUCUCUCUGGAGCGCACACCAUUGGCCGCUCUCAUUGCACUUCUUUCAGCAACAGAUUGUACAAUUUUAACGCAACAACAAAUCAGGACCCGAGUUUAGAUCCGGCAUACGCUGCUCAGUUGAAGCAGCAGUGCCCGCAAGGCAACACAAAUGCAAACUUGGUGGUUCCGAUGGACCCAGCCAGCCCUAUCGUCACGGAUGCAAGUUACUACGCUGGCAUCCUUAAAAACCGAGGCUUGUUCACAUCAGACCAAACUCUCCUCACAAACCCAGCAACCGCAAACCAAGUGAAACAUAAUGCAAGGAUUCCUCUCCUUUGGAAGAAAAAAUUUUCUGCUGCAAUGGUGAAGAUGGGACAGCUCGAAGUCUUAAUGGGCAAUGCCGGUGAGAUUCGAGCAAAUUGCAGGGCAAUUAACAGCUAGAGCCUGGAGAGGAUGCCUCAGCCUGCUUCAGUAAUCUUGUUCUUCAAUUGCAUCAGUUAUCUUGUUCAUUAAU